CGGGGACAGCUCCGGUGCUGAUCGCGGGGCGGGCUCGCCGGCAGAGCCCGGGCGGGCGGCGGGCGGGAGCGGCAGCGGCAGCGGGGCGAGCUGCGGCCGCGCCCGGCCAUGAGGCACGAAGCGCCCGUGCAGAUGGCAUCUGCUCAAGAUUCCAGAUAUGGCCAGAAAGAUACAUCUGACCAGAACUUUGAUUACAUGUUCAAACUGCUCAUCAUUGGCAACAGCAGUGUUGGGAAAACCUCCUUUUUGUUCCGAUAUGCUGAUGACUCCUUUACUUCUGCAUUUGUAAGCACAGUCGGGAUCGAUUUCAAAGUAAAAACGGUUUUCAAAAAUGAAAAAAGAAUUAAACUACAGAUUUGGGACACAGCGGGUCAGGAGAGAUACAGAACAAUUACCACAGCUUACUACCGGGGCGCAAUGGGCUUCAUUUUAAUGUAUGACAUCACAAAUGAAGAAUCCUUCAAUGCUGUGCAGGAUUGGUCAACUCAAAUCAAAACAUACUCUUGGGAUAAUGCCCAGGUUAUUUUGGUUGGUAACAAAUGUGACAUGGAGGAUGAGCGAGUAAUCUUCACCGAGAGAGGCAAACAUUUAGCAGAGCAACUUGGUUUUGAAUUUUUUGAAGCAAGUGCCAAGGACAACAUUAAUGUCAAGCAGACAUUUGAGCGACUCGUGGAUAUCAUCUGUGACAAAAUGUCAGAAAGCCUGGAGACAGAUCCCACCAUUGCUGCUGGCAAGCAGAACACACGACUAAAGGACACCCCUCCACCACAGCAACCCAACUGUGGCUGUUAAUGCAGCUAUCAACAAAGGCAGCUCCAGUGCAUUCUGUUGCCAACAGAGUAUUUAUGAAUGGUCUAUAUGCCUUUAUUUAUACUGUUUUAUUAAUUUAUUUGGGAGAAAAUUCUUUUAUUCUACAUAAGCAACUGUUUGAGUAUAGAAAUGUUAUUAGUUUGAAAGGAUGAUCCAUGUUUAGCAUCUGGCUUUUGCAUGCAAGAUGGCUAUUAUUUUCUCUUCUUUUUACCAUUUUACAUUACACUUACUUCAGCUGGUGCCAUGCCCUCAGACCAUAUUUACCUAGAAUUGACUUGCUUUAUCAGUUUCAAAUUUUAGAGUUGAAUCCUUAGGGUAGUAGGCAAGGUAUUUUAGAAUAAGCUUCCCCAUGCCAUUUAUAUUUCUUCCUGACUGAAAAUCAAUUUAGAAAUAUCACUUUAAAGAGCCGAUCACUCAUUCUGUCUGAAUCAUUUGUAUAAGGUACGCUUAUUGGAGCAUACUGCCUUGACAAGUCUCGGCUUAGUAUGUUACACAUCAUGGCUGCUCAGAAAUUGCAGAAGUUAGAAGGAACAAACCUCCAACCUUCUUGGACCCUAAGCCACCACACAUCUCUUUGAGAUUGCAACUGGAUGUGGGUGUUCAGUGCAGGUCCUCAGAGAUAUCAGGUACUUGAUCCUGUCUGGCUAGUUAAUCCGUUUACAUUCCUGUGGGACCUGCAUAUCUAUCUAAUAACUUUCUGAAACUUAGUUUCUCAUUUCACCAUACAGAGACCCUGGUAUUAUCUGUCCCAGUAGAGGAGAGCUGAUCAGGUCUUUUAAUUUCCACCUGAGUUAAGAUAGUAAACACCCAGUACUGAUAUUAAACCUGAAAGAGCCAAAUCCAUUUUGAUCAGUUUUUCGUAGCCAAAAACUGUCUUGUCAUACUGCUGUCAAACUGACACACUUAAGCUUUCAGGAAUUUCAUCUCCCAUUCAGUCACUCAGGCAGCCACCACCAUACUGGCUGCAAGUACCUUUAUUUUUCUCAGACCUAUUGUAGAAAUGCUGCUGAUGUCAGUGAGUUGGAGUUUUACCUCAUUUUUACUUUGAUGAGGGUAUCUGUUUUUGACAAGGCAAUCAGAAAUUUCCAAAAUUUUCAAAAUUUCUAGGUGUAAUAAAUAUUAUUUAUUAUGAAGUUAGUCUGAAUAUAUCUAUAAAAUCAGGAAAAAUAUGUGAAAUACACAAUCAACAAAAGGCAGGACAAAGCAUGCAAAUUCUAUUUUUAUAAAGUGUUAAAAAUAGUCAUAUUUGACAAUUUUAAAAAGUACUCUAGUAAUUGGUUGGAGUUUCUUACAUCUAUGCCCUAUAGUGCUUUGUACAUCUGCUUUAUUUGGGUCACAGUGACAUUUAAAAACUAAAUUGCAUAAUUGAGAAAGCAUUAACUGUUUUAUUGUUCCUAUUAGACGGGUUUAGGACAAAGCUGACAUUUCUCAGGCUGUCUGCAACAGGAAAAAAAUGGAAGACAAAAAUGAAAAGUAACAAAUGGUACUGAGAACUGCUUGAAACUGCAAAGAAAUCCUUCUAUAUGCAUUCAUUUUUUCAAAGGUAAUUUAUAUAAGUUCCUGAAAGACAUCAAGGAAAAUGGGCACUGUUAUUUAUUUAUUUAUUUUUACUGGUUAAAUACACUGCAUAAACUUUGACAUAGUGAAAAUUACUUUCAGACAAGGCAUAUAGGCACAUGCAAAAUGGAUAUGCCACCAGGGGGCUACACUGGCUGCCUAAUUCAAAUUAAAAGAUGUUCUUUCUUUAGUCUAGGGUUUAAACCAUGUCUGUCCUGUUAACUAGCUUCCUUAAACACCUAUUUUUCUAGUAGACAAAGAGGCUGAGCCUUCACAUGCUUAAUUUUACAAAGUAAAAGUAAAAACUACUUUCCUCUUUGGACAGUCAGAGAGCAGUCAGCUAGAAGAGGCAGAUGCUACCCCAACCAUAACCCUGCCUCUAUAUGGGGAUAAUGCUUUUCUCUCUACUGUCUAAGACAGCACACUGAUAACUGUGUUGAGAGACUUUCAAUGAUACCUCUUCACCCACUAGGUACCAGCUGCUUUAAAAAGAGAAGUUGUAAGAAACCAAGGGAGAUUUGUGUGAGAUUGUAGCCAGUUCUCUGCCCUAUGCUUUGUGCUUGCUGCAGAAAAGUGAGCAGGGAAGCCUUGAGAUAACACUUAUCUGCAGUCCUCAGCCCUUUAUAAAAGGUCUAGGCAAAGCACAGUAAGGAGGAAAGAGGACAUCACUACAUCUUAUAAAAGCUUGGGCAUGUCCUGGAUCAUGUAGCUCUGCUACAAGUGCAAAUAUUCAGCUUUGCUCUGGGAUGCUGGCUUCAAAACAGGUAUGUCCUGUGCACACUGUAACAAGGUAAAAAGCUCACAGGACACCCUGCUACAGCCACACCUUGAUUGUACUCCAUUGCAAUGAAUUCCAGACUCUCACUGCCUCUUUGUGACAAUGUAGUUUUUAGUCAGUGGUGGUAGUACAUUAUCAGCAUAUAUCUUUUUAAAGAAGUUAAGUGAUAGAUAAAUUAUUCUUUACUUGUAUGGGGUGAACUGUUUGGUUUUCAUUUUGCAUCAAGGAACUGGUCAGAACAAUAACAACAAAAUCAGAGAGUAAGAUUUUCUCCUUCCAUUUUCUGAGACAAAUAAAAUGCCAGGCUUCCAACAUGUCUGAUCUUCUGUGUGGGAUGGGAAGGAUGGGGAAAGAAGCUGCCAGAGCUGCUCAUCAGACUGCCAGCCAUGUGUCGGGGCGAAAGGGCUCACCUGAAAUAGGAGUGCAGUCACUAGACAAGAAUUCCUAGGAUCUUUGUAUUAACACUCAGACUUUGUCAUAGAAAUGCAAGGCCCAGCCACUAGAUAGGAACUCCUAGGAUCUUUUAGGACACUCAGACUUUAUAAUAGAAUUUAGAAUUAGUCAGAUUAAUUACAAUUAAUUUUUCAGAUCCAUGGAGGUUUUCAAGACCAGACUAGAUAAAAUUCUGAGCGGUCUGCUUUGACCUCUCAAGUUGGCACUGGUUUGAGGAGGAGGUUGUGCUUGAUGACCUGCUGAUGCCCCAUCCAACCUGCUUUAGCCUACCAGCCCUUCCUCUGAAAUUGGAAAUGCCUAAAUAUUUGAGUAUAACUGUAGUGAACAAUCAGGGUUACCUACGGUUGGAAAAAUAGGUUUUGAUUUUCCAUCCAGUAGAACAAAUUGGCUUUUGAGAAGCAUGAUAAUCUCAAUACUUCACCUUCCUCAGCUGGGACCUGGCUAUUGCAGAGGAAUACAACCAGAAAAAGCUUUGGGGAAGUAAAUCACUAUCCCAUCCCCAGGCAUUCUAAAUUUUAGUUUGAGUUCUGAGGGAACAAGCAGAAGUGGGAUUUUCAUUCUACUGACAAUUAUGGCUUGGCCUGUUUUACAGUGCAGGAUGUCCAAUUUAAUCCUGUGUCAUUAUAAUUCAGCUCCAAUUGACUUCUGUGAUAGAACUGCAAAUUUCUUAAAUGUGAGCAGAGAUACAUUAAUACUGAGCUCUUUGGAGAUCCCAUCACAACCUAAACAAGGAUCAAAAUUUAAACAACCAAUUUAAACAAUCAAUUCUUCAUAGAUUCCAGUAGUCACUGAUUGUGCACUGGUCAUGGGAGAAGAAAGAAGCAGGGUUUGCUUAGAUCCCUAAUCUAAGCACUGUUGCGGUACAGUUCUGUCAAGAAAAAGAAUCAGACUAAAAAAAAAAAAAAAAAAAAAAAUUACUUUAUUGGUAACAAGUGGUCUGGAUCAUUAAAUUGAAAACCUGGGACAAGAUAUGCAAAACUAUUUUCAGCCUCAUCAGAAUUUUUGGUGAAAAAAUACAAUUUGCACUAAUUUCUUGUCACUCUCAGCACAGAAAGAAGACUGAUUGUAAUGGAGCUUUACUGGUCCAUCCACAGAUGACCUUUUCAGCCAAAAUGUAGGUCAACUGAUGAGUUACAGCAGUUGACACACAGAGCGUAUUGCGUUUUUGAGACUGAGGGUCCUGAGCUCCAUAGUGCCAGCUGAACUAUCACUGCACAACCCAUUUUCCAAAUUACAUGCUAGACUAAUGCUUUUAACAGCGGGGUAAUCCUGUGCAUGGAUAAUACACCAGCCUUAACAUGCUCUGAUAGUGUCAUGCUUGCUACAUGAUCAAACUUGUUCUCAGAAAAUCCCUUGGGAUAGGAUACAGGAGCACAGGAUGUGACCAGCUCCUGCAUUGCCUCGUAGCACUGACCAUCCAGACAGCUAGCAAGCCUUGUUGGGUUCAACCUUCAGAUGCAUGUUUUUGGUUCUGAUAAGAGUUCAUGUUCACAAGCAUUUUGGUCCUUACAGCACAGCUAACUUACUACUCUAUAUUUUUUGUUCUUGCUGCUGUUUUUUCUUUAUUUUGAUCUGUUUGUUUGGUGUUUGGAAUACUGAUGAAGUAGCCUGAUUUUCUGUCCCAAAAUACUCUUUCUCUCAGAACAGCUGUGUAUGUGACUGUUACCUGGAACUGUUCGUUCCUCUGUGCUUAUACUUAAUGUGAUGCCUAGAGAAACUACCUGAGCAACUACAUCUCUGUGGCCUUUCCAGAGCAUCAGUCUGAAAGAUUAAGUUUUCUUCCCAGUCUGCCCAGCUCUGUAUAUACAGCUGUACCACCUGCAACUUCUUCAUUUUAGGAAAGAAGUGCUAUUUCAUGGUACACAAAAUCUGCUGGAGUUUGAUCCUAACUUUGAGAAUGCUUUGAGUUUAAUUGUCAACUCUAGGGGAAAAAAAAAAUGGUGGUACAAAUUCUUCACCUGAUGAUGAUGCCUUUGUUUCUGCAACAGCAGAUGAGAGAUGCUGCAUUUGCAUUUCAGAAGAACCCCCCACAAAACAAUCCCUCCCAUAAACUGUACUUUUCUAUAUAUGCUGGGGAAGGGCAAGCUUUCUUACUUGCAUUUUUAAGGGCAUCAACAAAAUUCCCAUUCUGCUGAUUGACUGUUAGGACAGUUUCCUCCUUGGCCUGUUUCUUAGACACACAGCUUUUGAACCUAGUUCCUCUUCAGAAUGACAGAUUUAGCAGUUUUAGACCAUGAGUAUGUAAAUCCUCACAGAUGAACCCUCAGGGGGUGUGAAGCAACAUGUCUUCACUUAUGCCAACAGGGAACAGAGUUUUGUUGGUUUAUACCAUUUAAUGCAUACACAUAGUCUCUUCAGUACGGACUGACUCCAGAUUCUCCAAGACUCACCAUUUGUUGAGUGUCAUUUAAAGAGGCAGCUCAGUUCAAUUAUUUGAAUGGUUUUCACCAGUUUUCUUUAUUAAGAAGGGGUAAAUGCAGUUCAUCUUUGCAAUAUAAACUUUUUUUCCUUUCAUUUUUCCUUUUUUUUUUUUUUUUUUAAUUCCCCUUCCUUUAUUUUACUUUGUUUAUAUGGGGAUGUUCAUUGAAUCACAAACUGUAACUACACACAAGUAGUAUGCAUAUUGCAGUGGUAUGUCUUUGAAGCUUACUCAGUUCCUACUGCUACUUAUUCAAGUGCAGUGCACAAUUCCCUAAAUGCCACUGUGGAAUUUAUCCAGAACUUGUCAUUAACACCAGAUGUCAGAUGGGUUACGUCUGCAAACCAUAGGAUUAUUUACCGCGGUUCCAGCAGGUGUAGGUGGCUUGUCAUUUAUAGAGUGAGUUACCUGGUAUUUGAUUUGGCUGGGGGAAAGUAGAAGUCCAGUAACUUCAGGAUCAUGCAUACCAUGCAGAAAUGAAAGCUAGGGAUUGCUUACCACUUCUGGCGAUAAAUUUCCUUGAGUAAUUCUGACAUGUACCUGCAAUUAGUCUUAAAUGAACUGUUUGUGGUGUAACUGCUGUUUAAUAUUUUGUCAGUAAUGUCAGAUGUGUUGUGGCUCAGUUGGACUGUCAGAAUGUGUAACCUAUAUAAUAGUAUUUGUGAAACUGAAAUGUCUUAAAUGUUGCAUGAAAAUAUGUUAUAAAAAUAGAUAUGUUUUCUAUUUUUUGAAUACCUCAAAACUGAGGAAUCAUGGGCCAAUAAGUGCAAUAUUUAAUGACUUACUCAGUGUAUAUAAACUUGUGUGAAAGGGAGAAGUGUCAUGUAUGUGUGAUAAGCUGUUGAUGAUGCCUGUGUGGCUUAAGAUUUCCAGUAGCUCUAUGUGUCUUGUAGUAAAAUUUAUAUAGUAAAUGCUUUACCAGUGUAGUGUAAAAUUACUCUAUUCUUAAGUCAUUUAAACUAUUUUUCAUAUACGAGAUGAUGGUAAAAGAUGUCUGUCUGUUCACUGCAAGUGCAUGUCAAUUUUACUUUAAGAAUUGUGAGCAUCCUUUUUGAAAAUCAUCACAUUACAUUGAUAUUAGUGGGACAAUGCUUUCAGUCAGAAGAUGCUUGUAACCAUUUCUAAACUAUCUGCAUAUAUUGUUAAAGCAUGUUCUCUAGAAGCAUAAAAAGAAUCUCCUAGAGCUCAGCAUUUACAGAGCGUUAUCAGUUACAUUAUCUAUUUACCUGUAUUACAUAGUACCAUGUUGGCGUAUUCUCUUUAAUCUGAUGCAGUUAACUCAUAAUACUUACCUGAAAUAUUAAAUAGGAGAAUCCAAUACUCUUGCAGAUGACUUGGCAAACUUCAGUUGGUGCUCUGAGUUAACAUCUUUGGAAACAGCUUGAAGGUCACAGGCAAAAAAAAAGUCUAGCACAGUGGACAGUGACCUUAGUCACUUAUGCCAAUUAAGUUUCUUAACUUUUCUAGAUCUUAAAGAUGGAAUUAUAUCCUUAAAUAUCCUUAAUAUAUCCUUAAAUUAUAUCCUUAAAUAUCCUUCAUUCAACAGCUACAUGGCCCUCAGUCUACAUGGCAACAAGUGCAACCCAGAAUCUAACCAUGAAUUGAAAAGGAGACAUCCAAUCAUUUCUAUUGUCUUUCCUCUUAUCCUUGCAUAUUUCUAACAAUUCUAUAAGCACACAAGCCAGGCCAUCACUAUUCAGAAGACCUCUUGGGUACAUUUGAGACUUUAAACCCCAAAUAACCUAUUUGUGAGUGGUUCCCAGCAGUGACUAUGGAAUCUGCAGAGGAGAAGUUUAUUCUGUUAAUUCUUGCUACAUUUCAGAUUUCAAAGAGAGUGUGUCCUAAGUCCUGGGAAUUUGCUAAAGUUGUGUCAUUCAGUCUGGGCCAAGGAUAGUAACCGGCUUUUCUGAACAAUUUUCCUAAAAACUGUUAUUAAUACCACAUUGAAAGGUACAAAGAUAGAUUUUUAGUUUGACCUGAUGCAUUUCUGUGACAAUGUACAGGGUUGAUUUUUAUAUUUUGUAAAAUUACCAUGAUCAAGAAAAUAAUCAAACUCUAAGGCCUACUGGAAACCAAUAGCAUAACUUUCCUUUCCUAUGUCUUCACAUACUUCUUCUGAGCAAGGAAAGUAAACAGGUUACAUUAAGUAGCAUAGGACAGUACUUGCAAAGAACUGAAGAACCCU